UCUUGUAGGCUGCGAGCGUGACUAACUCUGAUAGGCUACCGCUUUUGACCUAAAUAAAAUAAAUAAAUUAUCCAUUGCUCUAUUUCUACAGCAUAGUCGGUUCUUUUGUCAAUAUUCAGCCUAUUCAAAUGCCAGAGUGAAACUAAUGGCAUAGGCUAUAGCUUGGGGCGGCCACAUCCAUUUUUUCGACUGUUUAUUGCCUUGUUUUAUUGCACUUCUGCACAGUGAUGCAGCAGCAGGAGACGCAGCAGUGCGCCCGCUACCACCACCGUCCUCUUCUCUUUAAAGGGUAACCAAACGCUGCAAUGCAGAGACACGAGGGGGGGACGAUUGAACAUUAGCGUUGUAUUUGCGUGCACCGGACCGAGAGGGAGGCUGAGCUCCGUCCACAACGUCUUCUCUGGAGCCCUGCCUCGCAUCGUGGAGUUCGCCGGGCAGUCAUGGUCGGACGGGGGCUUUGGAUGUUCAGGUUCACGCGAUUUGGGAAACGAUGGAGCAGGUUUGGGAUUUUGCCUUUCAUCUGUUUGGCGCUAGUGGUGUGCGCCCUCGUCGCUCUGCUCUUCGUCGAUUCCAUCGAGUCAUGGGUCACCUCCAUGAACAUGGACACAUUGGUGGAGGCAUCGCAGGGCAGGAUUAUCCCGCCCAAGAGCGUCCCCCCGACCAGACCAGAGGAGUUCCUGCUCAUGCCGAGUCCCCUCGUCUGCCAACGUGCGAAACCAUACCUUAUAACCAUAGUGGCCUCUGCGCCCAGGAAUCAGCAAGCCCGCCAGGCCAUCAGGGACACCUGGGGUGGGGAGGUCGAGGUGAGAGGCCUCCGGGUGAUGACCCUGUUUAUUGUGGGUGUGGUUCUGGACCGGGGACUGGCUAAGCUGUUGGUGGAGGAGGCACGGCUAAGAGGAGACCUGAUCCAGGGGCGCUUCGAGGACACGUAUUCCAACCUCACCCUGAAGACCCUGUCGAUGCUGGGAUGGGCACGCCGGUUCUGCCCCCAGGCUCACUUCAUGGCCAAAGUGGAUGACGACGUGUUGUUCAAUCCGAGCGCACUUCUUCACUACCUUAACAGGAGCCGCAAUCCGUACGAACAAGGAGACCUCUACCUAGGCCGGGUGCAUCUCCAUGUGGCUCCGGACAGGGACCCGGACAGCAAGCACUAUCUCCCCGCCGGAGCAUACCCUCCCCCCGUCUUUCCAGACUACUGCAGCGGAACGGCAUACGUACUAUCCCGCUCCGCGCUCCUCAAAGUGUCCCUGGCAGCCGCCGCCUCCCCCCUGUCCACGCCUCUGCCACCCGAGGACGUGUUCGUGGGGCUGUGUGCCCGUACCGCCGGGGUGCUGCCCUCCCAUUGUCCUCUCUUCUCGGGCGGACCGGCAGUCCCCUACGGCCGGUGCUGUUACCAGACCAUGGUGUCCGUCCACCACAUCGCACCGAGGGAGAUGCUGGGUUACUGGGCGGACAUCCAUUCGCCAAACCCCUGCUCUUGGAUAAGUGUGCGCGCCUCUCUGGGGGUCUGCAAACUCCGGGCCCUGAUUGGGAACGCUUUGGGCAUCGAGCAGGGGCUGUGAACGUGUGACUUGGGAGAGAAUUGCGUAGAAUACAUGUUGGAUGCAGGGCUUUAUCUCGCGUAGGCCUACUGUGAAUAGCACAACCAAAUAUUUGGCUGCCAAAAUAAAGUAGGCCUACUUACUGCACUAAGAAAAUCAAACUUUAUUUUUUAUAACUUGAAUUGCAAAAAUAAAUUAACUUUAACCGCAGCCUAUUUUUUUUUGGCGGUGUUCUAUCUCGUCCGGCUAAACUAAGUAGUGUAGUUUUAGACACAAGCUUGUUGGCACUGAUCAGUGUAGCUUCAAACUCCAUAGCCUACCAUAGAUUUCGAAACAGUAGGCCUGACAACAUGCAGACAGAAGCAGGGGAAAGUGAGCCGUUCUUGUGAUCAAUGCAAUAUAAAGAGCUCAUAGCUUCAAAACGUGUGCUACUUCACAGGUUCAGUAGUAUCUUUUAACUGCUUAAAACACGUAUAAGGAGAUAAGUCUUAUCUAUUAUCACAAAUGCAUGCAGACACAGCAAGCCCCACUCAAUAUACCUCUAUAUUUAGUCACAUCUAGAAGGCAGGGCAUCGACGCAAUUAAGAUUAUUUCCCUUAUUACUUAGCCUAUUUGAAUGCCAAAAUAAAAUUGGGUAGUGACGGUGUCAUAAAACUUGCCUACAUGAUAGGCAAUUUCCUUAUAGUAGGCCUAUGAAACACGGAAAGUCCUAGUCAAUGCAUGAAAAGGUGUUUAUUUGGAGGGGAAAUGGUUAAGAAUUAACCGCCGGUCUUGUUCAAUCUCGACUUUGAAGAACGUAUUUGUAUUUAAUAUUAUUUCCAGACUAAUUGUUUAAUUCCGUUUUGGUAUUGCAGAAGAAUUGAGUCACUAAAAACCCUCAGGAAUUGAAGGCCCUCAAUAACCAUGUUCUCUUUCGCUGUACUUGAAAGUGCUUUUAAAAACAGGUUCGCUGAAUAACUUGAACCUGCCUGUACAAGAAGUUCUUGCUUCAUGAGAAUCUUUUAAUUAUCUGCAUCAUAAUCACAAUGUUAUCAAAAAAAAAAAAAAAAG